AUGACGGAACUCUGUCCUCUGCUGCAGCAGAUGCACCCUAGCCACUUCCUGCGAUCCCAGCCACACAGUCAAGGGACACAGGUGCAGCAGAUGCUGACUCAGCCCGUGCAAUCAAGGCUCUGCCCUAUUUUGCCCUUGGUACCAUCUAAGCUGCCCCCCAUGCCCUUGGCCACCACCCCUACACAGGUAGUUCUGUGUGGCAUGUGGUUUCCAAAGAAUUCUCACUAUUACAUUAAGAUUAUUAACCUGGCAGUGGAAUAUAAGAUACAUUGGAGUGAGGGAGAACUGGACAUGGAAAGGCCAGCCAAAACCUGCAUGAGUGAUGCAAUGGGAAGACAAAAAGACCUGGACGUGGAGGGCAGGGCACGCAGGCCUCUACCUGGGCAGCACAGGCAUUGUGAGAAAUGCUUCAACCGUCACUGCCACAUUCCUGUGGAGCCUGAUGUCUCCUGUCUGGUGAUAAACUGUCACCUGUCCUGUGGUGCCACCUUCCACAUGUGCAAAGAGGCAGAGCAUGAGCUCCUCUGCCCUCUGGAGGAGGUUCCAUGCCUCAACUCUGAAUAUGGCUGUCCGCUUUCCAUGUCCCGCCAUAAGCUGGCCAAGCACUUACAAGUGUGCCCCGCCAGUGUGGUCUGCUGCUCCAUGGAGUGGAAUCGCUGGCCGAAUGUGGACUCUGAAACAAUCCUUCAUGAGAACAUCAUGAAAGAGACCCCCAGUGAGGAGUGUUUGGACACAGCUCUUGCCCUGCAGGACCAGAAGGUCCUUUUUAGAUCUUUGAAAAUGGUAGAACUUUUCCCAGAAACUAGAGAGCCCACUGAACAGGAGCCUACUAUGAAUGGUGAAGCUAGCUGGGAGGAAAUGGGAGGAGCAGUGGGUGGAGCAGAAGCCAGUUUGGUACCACAUGGAGGCCUAUCCGCAACUAAUGGAGAGAUGGUAGAACUGAGUCAAGAAGAACGAGAGGUGUUAGCCAAAACCAAAGAAGGGAUGGACCUGGCCAAGUUUGACAAGUGGGAAAAUAUAUUCAGCAAAGAGCAUGCAGCCUCUGCUUUAACAAGCUCAUCAGUAGGCUGUGAGAGUAAGAGUGGGCACAACCCAGGGAAAGAACAGUUUUCUAGCAACAAUAACAUGGUAGGAGAGGAGACUUUCAAAGAGAAAAAAGCACAGGAUAAACAGAAGCAGCAGGACUUUCAUGCAGCCCUGGAAACAACAGGGCUUGCGCCUUGGCAAGAUGGUGUUCUGGAAAGACUGAAAACAGCUGUGGAUGCAAAGGACUAUAAUAUGUACCUGGUGCACAAUGGGAGGAUGCUUAUUCACUUUGGUCAGAUGCCUGCUUGCACGCCUAAGGAGAGAGACUUUGUUUAUGGCAACCUUGAGGCUCAGGAAGUGAAGACUGUUUACACCUUCAAAGUUCCUGUGAGCUACUGUGGGAAGCGGGCUCGUGUUGGAGAUGCUAUGUCGAGUUGUAAGCCAAGUGAACACAAGGCAGUAGACACUUCAGAUUUAGGGAUCACGGUGGAGGACCUACCCAAAUCAGAUCUCAUUAAGACCACCCUCUUGUGUGCUUUAGAAAGAGAACUUAAAGGUCAUGUCAUCUCUGAAUCCAGGAGCAUUGAUGGACUGUUCAUGGAUUUUGCUACACAGACAUACAAUUUUGAGACAGAACAAUUUUCCUCUGGGACAGUGCUGGCUGACCUCCUAACCAAUGCCAACCCAGGAGGGCUCCAUGUGGAACUCCACAGUGAGUGUGUGACCAGGAGACACAACAAGAGCAGCUCUGCCUUCACUUUCACUUGCAACAAAUUCUUCAGGAGGGAUGAAUUCCCCCUACAUUUCAAGAAUGUCCACACAGACAUUCAAUCAUGUCUCAAUGGCUGGUUCCAGCAUCGAUGCCCUCUCGCCUACUUGGGGUGUACUUUUAUUCAAAACCAUUUCCGUCCCCCUGGGCAAAAGGCAAAAGUGAUCUAUAGUCAGGAGCUUAAGACCUUUGCCAUCAAGCCAGAGGUUGCCUCAGAGCUGAGUGAGAGAAAGAAGAACAACCAUCUCUCAGGUCAUGGAGGAAAAAGCCAGAAUUGUCUAACCAGUCUGCCCCUGGAAGUUUUGCAGUACAUUGCUGGGUUCUUGGACAGCAUCAGCCUGUCCCAGCUUUCCCAGGUGUCUGUGCUGAUGAGAAAUAUCUGUGCUACUUUGUUACAAGAGAGAGGGAUGGUCCUCCUGCAGUGGAAGAAGAAGAGGUAUUCUCAUGGAGGCACCUCCUGGAGAGUCCACAGAGAGAUCUGGCAAUUCAGCAGCCUCUUCUCCAAAAUCAAGAGCUGGGAGUUUAAUGAAGUUGCCUCCAUGGCUGAACACCUGAAGGCCUGUCCUUUCAACGUUGUAGAGCAUAAGACGGACCCAAUUCUUUUGACCAGCAUGUGUCAGGUCCAGGAGCAGGCCCGAGAGAGCUUAGUUACCACCUUUAGAGACAGACCACGAGGUAGACACACCUGCUAAAGAUUCAGAUGCCACCAUUCUUGGGUUUACUGAAAGUAGGACAGAGUGA